AUGGCCUGGACAGUUUCACACAUUCUCUUCACCAUUCUUUGGCUCUCCCUUCUCUUUUUAUUGCUUCAUCAAUUCCAGAACUUCAAGUUCAAGACCACCAGCAAACAAACCAGCUCCAUAACCUUUUCCUCGCUUUCUCAUAACCCUUUGAUCAAUACUAGAAAAGUUGUUGCUAGCAAAUUUGUCUUCACUCCAUUUCAAAAGCAUCAUCAACAAGAGCAGGAUGAGCACUCUCCAGACAUGAAAAAACAGUCCGAGCCAGCUGAUAACGAGAUUGAUCCGCGUUAUGGUGUCCAAAAGCGCCUUGUACCCACCGGCUCAAACCCAUUGCAUCAUUGA